CACUUGUUCUCACAUACUAGUACAAGGGUUCAACUGUCUCAACUUCCGCUGCACUGCUCCAAGUCUCAAGUCUCUACAGCUGGGACUUAGUCUCUGCAAAAGAUCCUAAGGGCUUUUUCUCAGCCCAACAUGGUAUGAGAGCUGCAAGCAAGAUCAACGCGACAACCGAGGACUCACCAUCGUACCGCCGUUCUGCCACAACUGCCAAACUUCCGGGCACUCCAAAGUCAACUGCAACCGCCCUCGCGUUUACCGUGCAGCAGACCCACAAUACAAGGGUUCAACUGUCUCAACUUCCGCUGCACUGCUCCAAGUCUCAAGUCUCUACAGCUGGGACUUAGUCUCUGCAAAAGAUCCUAAGGGCUU